CAAAGGUCUCCUCUUUUCAUCCUCUUUUCACCAGAAGAAGAAGAGAAGAAGAAAGAGAAUACUCUCUCUCUCUCGCUUGCCGGCAGAUUCGGAACUGCUGCCGUAUUCAACCCUCGUAAAAGUCUCCUCCGAAAUCACAACAUCUUCUCCGAUCAAUCAACCCGCGUGCCUCUCCGUUGGCUCCUGAGUCCUCUUGAUGAUGGCUGUGUGCAGCAGCCGAUGCUCCUACACUUCCCACAUCACAGAGAUCAUCAUAACCAGCUUCUUCCGUCACAAGAUCUGAAUUUUACCCAACAAAAGAUAAGCCUAAGGACCUAAUCAUCGGGCGAAAAGAGAAGAAACCCGUUUCUGGAUUUGUCGCGGCAGCAGCAGCUAUGGCGUGUCGGAGCUUGGUCUGCGGUGGUGGAUCGAAUAGUACCAAUCCGGUCUUGCUCCGAAGCGAAAGGUUUUCUUGUUGUACUGAGCCCCUUGAUUCUCUGUUCACUUCUGGUUCUUCUUCCCCUUCUUUCCUCGGUUCGAGAUCUAUGUUUAGCUUUGGAAAUGUUACUGGGGGAAAGAGAUCUAUGGUUAGCUUUGAAGACAAUAAUUGGGGGAAAGGAACAGAUGGAUCGCUCUUCCACAUGUUUGAUCCAGAAGAGUGUAUUGAUGAGGAACUGGAUGAAUACUUACAUCAAAAUGAAAAGAAGAGGCGUCUUACCCCUAGCCAGAUCAAAUUUCUGGAGAAGAAUUUUGAGCUAGACAACAAGCUUGAGCCAGAAAGAAAAAUCCAACUUGCAAAUGAUAUUGGUUUGCAGCCUCGGCAGGUCGCGAUAUGGUUUCAAAACCGCAGGGCACGGCUGAAGACAAAUCAUCUGGAGAAGGAUUACAAGGAACUGCAAGCUAGGUACAACAAUCUCAAGGCCGACUUCGAUAGCAUCCUUGUGGAGAGGGAGAAACUGAAAGCCGAGGUUCAUCAAAUGACAGAAAAUCUGCUUUUUGGGCAGAAAGAGAAGGGAAACUUGGAAUCUCAACCACCACCAGAAAAUCCCGUCGUGGGUUCUGUUUCUGACGACGAAGUAUCAAAAGUUUCCAUUUUGGCUUGUACUGAUGUUAUGGAUUCAGAUAGCCCGCGUUACAAUCAUGCGUUUUCCUCUUCUCGCUUCGAACCUGACCAGUCAGACCUAUCUCGCGAUGAGGAAGAUAAUUUUAGCAGGAACCUCGAAUCUGAAUACAUUUUUCCAAAUAUUGGAUACACUGAUUGCUCAGAACCAUCUGCAGAUUCUUGUUAUUUCGGAUUCCCGGUUGAAGAUCAAAGCUUUGUUUUAUGGUCGUAGUAAUUUAAUGUCAGGUAUAGUCUCUAUCUUGUUUUUGUACUUCCAUAAGCAAUAAAUCCAAUCAAGGCACCCUAAACCGGAUGUCGCCGGUUGUUAUUUCAGUUGGAAAUGGUCAUGUUGCCCCUUGUGUAAUUUAAUGUCAGGUAUAGUCUCUAUCUUGUUUUUGUGCCAGACGUGUGUUGUACUGACAGUAUUGAAUAAAUGUGACGUGUUCUAUAUUUUGGUUA